CUUAAAACAAAAACAAAACAAAACCAAAAUCUGGUUGUUUCGAAAAGUAAAAUUUAGAAAUAAAAUGAUACAAAUAUAUAAAACAUUUAUAAUAUCACCAAGAAGAAUUAAUGUCAAAGCUAAUGAAAACGAGAACCCCACUAAUUCGUGUCUCCCUAUUGUGAGCUCCUCCAUUAGUCUCGGUGAUUUUUCUCUCUUUUUUUAAUUUUGUGAAGACGUGUGCACUUAAUGAAGCAUGCCACGGCCAAGAAAGUGGUAUCCAGCUGGAUAUACGGUAAAUUCGGGCAGGUUGGUAAACGUAAGGAACGAUUUUCCGCGGUGGAUGUGAGGAAAUUGGAAAGUGAACUCUUCAACAGGGGCAAAAUGGACGUGUACGCACCCAACAACAGGAGGAACGUGACACCUUCCAGGAUAUUCUUCGAGAUAGCAGGAUGUAUUAGAAAGUUAGUUCUAUUCAAUUCUUACGAGACCAGGUGAAACUGGAGUCAGCAAUCACAAGAAGAAAAAAAGUGUCCGAGGCUGAGGGCUGGAAAGAUCUGCGAGCAGGUCUUGUUCAUGUCCACAUUGAAGAAUUCAGACCUGCCAAAAAAAAAAAAAAAAUGCAGCUUCUGUGGCUGUGCACAGGUCCCAGAGAUUGCAAAUCAUGUGAUGAAAAGAUCUACUGUUUGGUGAUGUAUCAUCAGACAUACAGUUGGAAAGAAGACGCAUCAUUGUAUCUACCUGUGAAAAGAGAAGCAACCAUUUUGUCUGAGCACCAGUGUGACAAGCUCUAUUACCGUCAGAUUGGAGUUUUUGAUGCACAAGGCAGAGAUCACAUCAUGAAAGUACAGUUCUGUGAAUGUGAGCCAGAAGCAGUAACACUAAUAAGAAAUGGCUUAUGGCCAGCAACACCAAAGAAGCCAGGGACCGCAUUUUGCAUGAAAGUGAUGGAGCUAUGCAGAAUGCUACAGUUAGAAGGACAAAUGUCUCUCCAGAAAUUUUGCAUGGCAUCGGAGCGGAGGACAACUUUUCUACAUAGUCGCAGCAGGGACUACAGAAACAUGUACAAGGCAUUGGGUAAAACAUGCUAUCAUUUUGUCACAGCAUGA